AUGGCAGCGAUCAAGCCGACCUGCAUGAUCAUGCUCCUAGGGGUGUGGCUAGGUGUAUUGCUCGACAGCGGCUACGCCGAUUCAUCGCUCACGGGAGCCUGGCAAGAGCAGAAUCCGCAUGGCGACCCCCAGUACCUGAUACUUGCCCACUACGCGGUGUCGAAGCAAACGAAGGGAAAGAAGAUGUACGACACGGUCGUCAGGCUCAUUCGAGUCUCCACUCAGGCGAACAAGGAGUGUGAAGCGGUCAUCAACGUUGCCCCUACGACUAAUGCUAGGAAAGUGGUCCGUUACUCCUGCCUUUUGAUCGUCUUUCCUGGAGACAACUUCAAUGCUUUGUCUGCUGCUUACAUGUAA